AUGGGUGUUGUUGGAACCGCAGCAGCAAUUCUGGGACCGACUAUCGAGCGAAGGGGGCCAAGGUGGUCAGUGUUAAUGGGUUCGACCUUGUUUAUGAUUGGUCACGUUGUCACAGCCCUCGGGAUCCACUACAAGUCCAUUGCCAGUGUAUACAUCGGCUACGGCAUAAUUAGUGCCAUUGGUGUGGGGAUGUGCUAUGUUUCGCCUGUGUCAACACUGCAGAAGUGGUUUCCUGAUUACCGCGGUACUGCCGCCGGUUUUGCUGUUGCUGGCCUUGGAGCGGGAUCGGCUGUUUGGAGCAAGGUGUAUCUGCCAACAAUUAACGCUGUUGGUCUCUCGUGGAUGUUCGUCUUGCUUGGAACCGUCAUGAGUGCUGCCAUGUUCGCUUGUGCCCUGGUGCUUCGUGUGCCGCCCCCUGACUUCACAGUUCACGGCCUCAACGUCGAAGGAAACGCUGUCAACGAGAGUGAUGAGAUGGAAGACAAAAUGAGCACGAGUUACAAGGCCGUUCAGACUCCGACCAGCGCAGACCGGCCUGAGAUGAUGUAUACCCCCAAGCCUUCUACCAAUUCGUUCACGCUCAAAACAGCCAUCUUCAAUACGGAAUUUAUUUUCAUGUACAUCAUGUUUUUUGCUAAUCAAGUCUUUGGCGUCAUCGUGCUCUCCCGCUUGUCCAGUAUGUGCACUGAUAUAUUUGACAAAAGCGCAAACACGGCCUCUGACGCAGUUUCUGUCAAUAAUGUGUUCAACUGCUGCGGUCGUCUUGCAUUCUCAGGCGUGUCAGAUCUUUUGGUUCGCUACUCCAGAGUGGAGAAGACAUAUGCGCGCAAACUUGUGUUUUACCUCACCCUGGGUGCACAGAUUGUUGUAAUUGGAUCGUUGCCUACGAUCAUACGUCACGAAAAAUUUACAGUCUUCGCUGUGGAAAUAUUCGUACUUACGGGCUGUUACGGUGGUGGUCUUGGCACGAUCCCAGCUUUUGUCACCGACAUGUUCGGAGCCUAUAACGUAGGCCCUCUACACGGCAUUAUUCUCACGUCCAUUGCUGCCGCUUCUGUUAUUGGCGGUAUCACCUUUAACAAUGCGUACAAUGACCAGAUUGCCGGUGGUACUAGUGCUGGGGAGGCGUAUAUUGACAAUAUGCAUGUCAUCUUUAUUGUCGUGUGCAUUGGUUUUGCGGUGCUUUUCCUCGUACGAACGAAUGUUAAGGACCGUUUCGAUCCGGGUUAUCACUACUCGGUGUGCGGAAAGCGCGUGAUCAGUAUCCCGCCCAAGGACAAGCAAGACGAGGUCGAGGAGCCUCGUUUUCAACAAUUGCCCGAGACUGCUGUGUAA